AUAAGACAUGACAUGACAUCUUCUGUUAAAAGGAAACUGGCUUCAUCAAAUGGAGAUAAUUCUAAGAAGGGGCCAGGCCAUUGGAGCCAAGCUCUUCUAACUUCUAUGGAGGACCCAGAAUUGAAAAUUGAUGAAGAUGAAAAAUGUGUAUCAAUAAAAGAUAAAUAUCCAAAGGCAAAGUAUCAUUUUCUUGUUUUACCUCGAGAGAAGAUCAGUAACUUGAAGAGUUUAAAGUCAGAACAUGUUGGCUUAUUGAAACAUUUACAGUUAAAAGGUGAAGAACUUGCUGAAAAAGCAGAUGAUAAUUUAUUAUUUAGAUAUGGUUAUCAUGCAGUUCCUAGUAUGGGACAACUUCAUCUACAUGUAAUAAGUCAAGAUUUUAACAGUCCUUGUUUAAAAACUAAAAAACAUUGGAAUUCCUUUACCACGGAAUACUUUAUAGAUUCAAGUAAAAUAAUAAAACAAUUAGAAAAGCAUGAUAUGGUAGAAAUAAAUACAGCUGAUUCAGAAAGUUUACUGAAGAAAGAUUUAAAGUGUCAUGUGUGUCAGAAGCAAUUCACUACUCUUCCUGCUUUAAAAUCGCAUAUAUCAUUACAUAUUGUCACUAGACAUAAGAACACUUGAUUGUUUGUAUUUCAUUGUAUUUAUUGAUUGUGAUUCGAAAUUCAAAGAGGGGUUUCCUGUUUCAAAAAAUAUUUUUUGUGCCAGACACAUUCCAUAUUAAGAUUCCAUAAACUAUAUACAUUUAUAAGGCUUAUAAUAGGGAUAGCACUGAUAGGAAAGUAAGUGUUUAGUAAUAGAAUUGUUAGUUAACAUAAAAGUAUUGGAAUGUUGAAUGUAAAUUAAAUUCUCUGAAAAUGAGAGAUUUUAUGUGAUUUUCCUGUAACAACAAAAACCACAACAAGAAGUACUGCACGCUCACCAAUUAUUGGUUGAAGUUUGCCACAAAACUUGUGGUCUAAAAUGAAUAAAAAAAAAUUUAUAUU